AUGAUUCAAUCUGAGAUGACUAGCGAGGAGUCGGAAUCUCUCAAUACCUCUGAAAAUCAUUUGAAGGUUUGCGCGAUUGAUCCUGAUCAGCUUAUACGCUACAUUCGUCCUGUCAUCAGUUCAUUACUGAACGUUUCCAUUGAAAAACUUACUCUCUCAACCAAUUCUACACUAAUAUCCGAAUUUAUCAGUAGCCCAAAUGAACGUUCGCUUUAUAUGGUAAGAUCCGCAAAUGACUUUGCCAUUCUUGAGGAACUUACCGUCAGUCCAGCCACAUAUUCUUCAAUUGUUAUCAUAGCAAAAUCUCAAGGGACCAUUGUCCAGGAAAGGCCCAUUGAAGACCAAUUACUCAUUAGUGAACUACCUCUAGAGGGUUCGGCCUACUCUGAGAACUUGAAUAAGCUUCGCUGCAUAAUGUCAUCUGUCGUUUCGACCUACUUCGAUGUCAUUACGAGUGCCCAUCUCAAUGAUCAACUGUAUGGCACUUCAACACCAAUCAGUGUAGCUAAGAAGAAGAUAAGUGAGCUUAUAUCAUCUCUUGAACAUUUACAGCAGGUGGUUCAAACACCCAAUUUGCUCCUUACCGCUGACCCUAUUGUUAAAACCCUCGUUGCUGAGAAUGAUGAUAUUGAUGUCAUUGCGAAUGCUCAUCCUCAACUUCUUGCGGAUUCCUCCUUUCUUAAUCGACUACAAUCCAUAGCAGGCGACUGGGUUAAGCAAAUACAGAAUCUUGUGUCUUUGUCUUAUGACUUGACUCAUGGAACUGCCUCUGAAGAGGUUAAAUUUUGGGAGUCCAAAGAGCUUGCAUUGCGUUCGGUAGAAAAUGAGUUGCAGGACCCUGUUGUUCUUCUAACGCUGCGACUACUAAAGGAUACAAAACGAUUUCAUGGUGGCUCCAGGUUACUUUCGGAUUCUGGUAUAAGAAACUCUCUUACUACAACUUCAAAGUAUAACCAGUUGCUAAGAGAUCUUCCUAUAGGAGAACUCACGUCAUCACGUGACCUUGUCAAAAUCAAGGAGGCGAUUAUAGCCAUAUUCAAUCAUAUCAAAAAGCUUAAAGUGAUACAGUAUCCCAUUGACCGUGCGGUCCUAUUAGUCCAGGUAAUCACUAUUGAAGCCAAUGAUCGCAUACUCGAAAUUUUAAAACAGAUGAAACUCAUGGACACCUCCUACAAUGAGUUUACGCAGAUUAAUUUACAAGCCUGUGGAGUCUUGGAAGUUAUCAAAGAGUGUAUUAAGAAGUUUACUGUUCUGGCCAGGGAAUUACUUAGAAAAAGAUCUGAAAGGUUCAUGGUAGUUAAAGUCGAAAACUCUGAUUGUUUACGGGAAAGAUUAGACAAAAUUAAAGGAAUUCGGGAUGAAUAUGAAGAGAUUUCAAUUUCAAUUCAUCAACUUUCUAAGUCAAUGAAAAUAGACGUGGGAACAUUACUCUCAGGUGUAUAUGAUGUUCUCAUUAAUGAUGACCUUUUAGAUAUUACACGUGCUGGAAAAAGGCGAUUUGCUUCCAUUGUAGGAGUGUACACAGAAAUGAUUGAAGCUGUUGAGUACAAAAUUGCAGAUAAACUACGGGAUGCUCUCAAACUCUCUUUCUCAAACACCAACGAGAUGUUUACCAUUUUCCGGGAUUUUGAUUUUCUCUUGAAAAGACCUAGUAUCAGGAAUUCUGUUCAAGAUUACCAAGAUCAGCUUGUGAACCAUUUGCAGGCUGAUUUACAAUCAUUGGAGUCUCAAUUUGAUCUGCGGCAACAGAGUUGGCGGAUACUACAACUGCGAAACCUUCCUCCGUUUACUGCCAACCUUGUUUGGAUUCAGCAGAUCCAAGUUGGUAUUCAAGAGUUAAUAGAAAAAUUAGAGGUGGCUUUAACUAAAGACUGGAUUCUGUAUCCUGAAGGAAAGAAAAUAGGCGCUCAGCUUGAUCUUAUCAGCGGAAAAUUGAAUAUUCAAGGUAUUUUCAAUGACUGGGCACAUAGGGCCAUUGAUCAUCUACGAUCUCCCAUCAUGAAUGAGCGUAUAUUGAUUGUUCAGAAAAUGGAUAAAUGGUUAAGAAUCGAAGUGAAUUUUGACAAUCAAUCUGUCAAUCUCUCAGAUGAGGUGGAUAGUUUAGAGACUCUUGGAUUCUCUGUCCCACGAAGCGUUCACUCUUAUGCUCAACAACUUGUUUUUAUUUACCCUUAUACAAUCAACUUACUACAGUCUGUGGCUGGGUAUGAGAACAUGAUGGAACAGGUAGAUAGUCUUGGAGAAUUAACUGUUCUUAUGAAGCCUCUUCUUGAGCCAGCUCUAUCCUCGGUCAAAAUUCUUUUGAAAGAAUGUUGGAGCAACAUAUACAAAGCUCAUGAUUUGAUAUCGUCGAAUAUUACGGACGUCGAUGAAGUACGGACAUUGAAAACUGUCGAGGCUUUGGGUCCAGAAAUUGUCUCGAUCACCAGAAAGUUUGAGUUGUUGCAAAAUAUUAGACCUUCUUUUGUCAACACUCUUCAGAAAUUCAAUAGUGUGGACUAUGACAAGCAAUGCAUCGCAUCCCUAAUUAUUUCCGUGCAAAAAUUAGUUGAUACAUUGGUUGCAAAUGGCUUUCAGAAUAUUGAAGAGCUGGUUCAUAUGCUUAACGAAACCAUGACCUGCAUGCUUAUCGAGAGGUGUGAAAGAAGAUUGGAUAAUCUUUCCAGGGAGUUUUCUUUAGAUAGCCAUAUCCAUAGUAUCGUUCCAUGUGUCAAGCACUCGAUUCUGUUUCAUGAUUUGAGCAUUAUUGUUCAUCCCCAAUUGGAAUUCUCGAAAAGUCGUUGGAUCCGGUUGUUAAAUCAGAAUAUGGAAGUCAUUACCUCUCAAAAACUUCUUACUGGUAAACACUAUGAUGUUAAUGUGGUUGCGUCCACCAGAUCUUUGGACAAUUUGUUGGACAUUACCAGUCGUUUGUCAGCAAAGUAUAAUGACAUUGCCGUGAAGAUAGGUCAGCUUUUCGAAGUGGCUUCUCGCUACACUCUUCAGUGGAUAGAGCUUCAAUAUCUUUGGGAACUGAACUUUGAUGAUAUUGAGGCAACAAUUGGUUCUGAGUUGACUUCUUGGCUUGAUGCAUUCAAAGACCUUACCACAUCUAGAAAUCUUGUUGAUACAGUUGAUAGUAAACAUCUCUUAGGUCCGUUAGUUAUUGACUAUUCUUUAGUGCAGCCUAGAGUAAAUGCUCAAUAUGAUGUCUGGCAAAGAAAAAUGGCCCAGAAGUUAGCCACAGUUUUGGGCAAAAGGAUGUCCAUAACAAAUGAGCUAAUAACUAAGCUGAGACAGAAACUUGAAUCGGUAUCAGUGAACUUCACUUCGGGUUCAUCCACUGUUUGUCUUUGUUCCCUCAUAUACACAACUAGGCGAUCAUUAGACAACAUUGAGGUUGCCCUGGGCACCUAUAAGGCAGGGAAUGAUGUCCUUUUACAGGUGAGAUUUAAGUUUCCGAGGGAUUGGGUUUACUUUAAACAGGUAUCUGACAAUUGCUCAUCGUUUUUGGAGUUGAUUGAUGAUCGGUUUGGACGCGUUAACUCCAAUAAGUCAAUUGUUUGCUCCAGAGUGCAGGAAAAGGCCUCUGAGUUGUCUGGCACAGUAAUUCAAGCCAGGAAGGCUUGGCUCGGCAUCAUCAACAAGUUGAAUAUCGAUGUGGCUACCAGUGAGAUCGACAAAUUUGAAAGAAUGUUCGACGAGUUGAAACAUCAACGUGAGAUGAUUUUUAACUCCACAAAGCUCUUAGGUCUGGACGUAAUUAUCGAUUGUGACAUAGGUGACGUUGACUGUCAAGUCAAAAAGUAUAAGGAGAUAUGGAGUUGUAUUUAUGCCCUUGUCGGUAAGAUUAGUGUUAUCAAGAGCACUUCAUGGGAGGAUUUCUCACCUCGUACUUUAAGGCUGGCAUUGGAGGAUAUGCUUGCUUUUUCGAGAGAGACACCCAUCAGGAUUCGUGGUUACUCAGCGUUUUCUGAUAUCCAAUCUGAAAUCAGAGGAAUGAUUCAUGUGGUUCCCAUCUUAGCCUCUUUGAAAGUUGAUGCAAUGACAUUUGAUCAUUGGAAUCGGAUUUUUGAGAAUCUUAAGAUAAUGCACGUUCCCGAAAAGCUAACUCUUGGCGAUGUAUUGGAUCUCAAUCCAGCUAAGCACAUAAAGUUUUUGAGGACAGUCGUUCAGGAAGCCCAAUCCGAGAAGUUGUUGGCUGACUCUUUAAAGGAAAUCGAAGAGUCUUGGUCUUCAAUUACCUUCGAGCUUCAACCCUUUGGCAACGAUUACCUGAUUGUUAAAAGUUGGGGUAGUUUGUUUGAUAAGGUAGAAGCCGAUCUCAAUUCUUUGGUAAGCAUGAAAUCUUCACCUCUCGUUGGCAACUACCGAGAAACAAUCACCAUACUGGAAAAUAAGAUUGGUAAGCUCCAUGAUAUUCUAGAUAUUUGGGUUGUUCUCCAGAAGGACUGGAUAUAUUUGUUUGGAAUAUUUCAGAAGAAUGAGGAUAUCAGAAGGCUACUUACCAUUGAAUCCACUCGGUUCGAUACUGUUACUUCUGAACUUUACCUUAUCUUAAGAUCUGCAUAUAGGGUGAAGUCUGUUUUGGAUGUAAUUACAGUUCCUGGUAUAGCUCACACAUUUGAAAAAACUCUUCAGGUCUUUUCGAAAACUAAGAAGUCGCUAUCUGGAUACCUAGAGAAGCAGCGGGAGUUAUUCCCAAGAUUCUAUUUUGUGGGAAACGAUAAUCUUCUUGAAGUUGUGGGAAAUGCCUCGAAUGUGGGUGUCGCUUCUAGGCAUAUUAAUAAAAUGUUUCCUGGUAUCUCUUCUUUAGAGUAUGACUCAGAUCGAUCGAUGAUUAUUGGUAUUGUCUCCCCUGAGUACGAGCAUGUUUUACUUCAUGCUUCGAUUACAAUUACACAUCCAUGUUCAGCUUCAGACUGGCUCUCUUCCCUUGAAAUCGCUAUUAAGAAAACUAUAUUUCAUUUAUUAGUUCCUUCCUUAAAGAAAUUAAAUACCCUAUGGGAAGACACUAAAGAGACCCUGUUUUUGUCUUGGUUGAAGAAUCUGCCCAACCAGAUACUUCUUGUCUCCUUGCAAGUUUUGUGGACAUCUCUAACAGAAGCGGCAAUCGCGAAUGGAAAUGGCUUGAAGUCUUUGGCAGUUAAGUACGACGAGCUCCUUAUCUUGCUUGCGAAACUUGUGUUUGAAAAAUUGACGGCGCUUGAACAACUCAAGUUAGAGAAUGUUACUGUUGAAGCGCUUCAUCAGAGACAAGCUCUUGAGGAACUUCUGUCAGCUAAAGAUGUUUCCUUGUUAAGUUUCUCGUGGAUAUCCCAACAGAGGUACUACUUUGAUAGCGAACAUAGAGAUUUUCUUGAAAGCUUGGUUGUUAAACAGGGAAAUGCCUCGUUUUUCUACGGAUUUGAAUACCUAGGAUGUCCUCGAAAGUUGAUUUAUACACCUCUUGUGAACAAUUCCUUUUGUGCUAUGACAGAAGCAUUAAAUCAGAACUUCGGUGCUUCUCUUUCUGGUCCUGCAGGUACAGGAAAGACAGAAUCGGUCAAGGCCUUGGGUCAAAACUUGGGUCUAAUGGUUUUGGUAUUCUGCUGUGACGAGACAUUUGAUUUUUAUGCAGUUACUCGAAUUUUGGUCGGGGUCUGUAGAACCGGUUCGUGGGGUUGUUUUGAUGAAUUUAACCGACUCACUGAGGAAAUGCUUUCCGCUAUGUCCACACAGAUUGAGAAGAUUGAAGGUUUUCUAGGUUCCGAUGGCUCCGAAGAGAUCGAUUUACUUGGGAAGAAAUUGAAAGUCAAUAAAAAAGCGGGUAUCUUUAUUACAAGCAAUCCAGCUUAUGCCGGAAGGUCAAAUUUACCUGAUAAUCUCAAGAGUAAAUACCGUUCUUUUGCGGUUGUUAGGCCAGAUACUUUGGUUAUUGCCGAAGCCAUUCUCAUUUCUCAGGGCUUCGUUCAUGCUAAAUAUCUUGCACCUAGAGCUGUCUCUGUUUUUGCCGAUUUGGAAUCUAAAUCUUCCAAACAAUCACAUUACGAUUUUGGUUUGCGUGCAUUAAAGGCUACGCUAUUGAAUUGUGGUAAAAUCAAACGGUUGCAUAAAGGUAAAGACGGAAUCAAUCAUGGCCAGACUUUCGAGUCUCAGAUUAUUGUUAAGGGAAUGCAUAACAUCGUUCUCCCGAGGUUGAUACCGCAGGACGAACCUGUUUUCUUUGAUUCCAUCGAAGUAUUUGACAUCGAGUACAAUGCAUUUGAUGCCAACGAAGAGCUAAUCAAAGAUAUCGGCCUGGCAGCUGAGAGGAUGUCUAUCCAAACUGAUGAUAAAUGGUUAUCAAAAUGUCUUCAACUUUAUGAGAUUUGGAAAGCACAUCAAGGAUUUAUCAUGGUAGGAAAGCCGGGCUCUGGUAAGACUAUAAUGCUUAAAUGUCUCAUGCAGGCAUUGAAAGAGUCAACUGGCUCCGAAAAUCUCUGGUAUACUAUCGAUCCAAAAGCUCUUACUAAAGAAGAGCUUUACGGCUCUUUAGACUAUGCAACUAAUGAUUGGACGGACGGGGUUUUAACAUCGAUUAUCCGAAGUGUGAAUGAAAAUGUAAGGGGUGAAAGCACUAAGAAUGUUUGGAUAAUUCUUGAUGGUGACAUUGAUCCCGUAUGGGUAGAGAAUUUAAAUAGUGUCUUGGAUGAUAACAAAAUACUCACUCUUCCUAAUGGAGAGAGACUUAUUGUUCCCGAUAAUUUGCGCUUGGUGUUUGAAGUGGAGAGAUUGGAUUAUGCCACUCCGGCUACAAUUAGUAGGUGCGGUGUUGUUUGGUUUGCUGAUUCUAUGUUUGAUCUAGCUGGUAACUAUGCCGUUCUUGUUCAUGAAUUUCAACAUAGUUUUAUUGACAACGAAGAGGCAUAUAACUCAAAGCUAAUUCAAGCUGGGUUGUCGGUUGCGGAGCUCAAAACCAAUUUCGCCAAGAACAUUUGUUCAGUGAUCUCCUCUGAAAUUCUUCAAAACAUCUGGAACUUCUCUAAGUCCUAUGAACACGUAAUGGCUUCUGAUUUGAUGAGAUGCCUGGAAACUUUCAUGGUCUUAUUAUCACGCAAGUUCCAUCUCUUUCUUGACUUCUUAGUCGAGAACAUCUCACUAUCUAAUGAAGAUUAUAGUGAAGUGUUCUUAAAAAUGGCUGUGGUUUCUUUGGCUUGGGCAUUCGCCGGAGACAUUGGUUUGAAUGACAGAAAACAGUUUUGCAAUCAACUAAUAUCUCUAUAUCCACUGAUCCGACUCAAAGACUCCUUAAAUGGCUCAUUGGUAUACACCGAUGUCUCUUUUGAAACCUCCGGAUGGAUUGAUUUCCAGUCUCGUGUGCCCAUCAUUUCUUUGGAGCCUCAAAUGGUUAUUCAGCCCGAUACCGUGAUCCCAACUUUGGACACCGUUAGAACAGAAGAUCUGAUUUUUUCUCUUCUCGAACAGCACAGAAAUGUUGUCUUAUCAGGUCCACCUGGAGCAGGUAAGACAAUGCUUUUAAUGUCUGCGUUGAGAAGAUCCACCAAGUUCGAUUUUACGGGAAUAAACUUUUCCAAAGAGACUUCCCCAGGUAUUGUUUUAAAGACUUUAGAGCAGCACUGCGUCUACAAGAGUGGUCCAAAUGGUGUAGUGUUACAGCCUUCUAAUCCUGAUAAAUGGAUGGUAGUAUUCUGCGAUGAAAUCAACUUGCCAAGUUCUGAUAGGUUUGGCACCCAAAAGGUCAUCGCAUUUCUUAGACAGCUUAUCGUUCGUCAUGGCUUUUGGAGAAGCCGAAAAAACGAUUGGGUUCAUAUAUCACGUAUUCAAUUUGUUGGUGCCUGUAAUCCACCCACAGAUCCGGGUCGAAACAAGCUCAGUGAUCGUUUUCUUCGUCACACCAGUGUUCUGAUGGUGGAUUACCCCGGGGAAGAGUCAUUGAAGCAGAUUUAUACUACAUUCAACAAAGCCCUUUUGAAGAUGGUCCCUGAUUUACAGGCUUAUGCCGAUGCCCUCACAACGGCUAUGCUCGAAGUGUACGGCCGUUUCAGGAUUAAGUUCGAUAGGAAAGUUAGGGCUCAUUACAUAUGUUCUCCAAGAGAGUUGACAAGAUGGGUCAGGGGAAUGUUUCACAGUAUCCAAAACUCUACUUCGCUCACUGUUGAUGGGCUUAUUCGCCUGUGGGCAUAUGAGGCCCUUCGUCUAUUUUCAGACAAGCUGGAAUUUAAAGAAGACAGAAAUUGGACUCUCAGCAUGAUUACGGACGUGGCAUCCGAGUGCUUCCCUUAUGCCGAUCUUUCAAUAGUUUUAAGACAGCCUAUUAUGUAUUCUGAUUGGUUAUCAUUUUCUUACCAAUCGGUUAAUAUUGUUGAACUUUCCAAGUUUGUGGAUGGAAGGCUUCGUGUCUUCUGCGAGGAAGAAGCUAAUUGCAGCCUUGUUUUGCACGGUGAUAUGCUAGAGCAUAUUUUGAAAAUUGAUAGGGCACUGAAGAACUCACAGGGACAUUUGAUUUUGGUUGGUCCAAGUGGUAGUGGAAAAACGACACUUACCAGGUUUGUUUCAUGGAUGAAUGGAUUCAAAGUAUUUUCUCUGAGUGUUUCUAGGAAUUAUUCUUUGGAGGAUUUUGAUAAGACUCUCAAAGAGUUAAUGAUAAGAACCGGUAGUAAGGGAGAAAAGUUAUGUUUCAUUAUUGAUGAAUCUACUAUUCUAGAGUCUGCAUUCCUAGAACGUAUGAAUACUCUUCUCGCAAAUGCUGAAAUACCUGGUUUGUUUGAAGGUGAUGAGUACAGUUCACUAAUGGAAACUGUGUCUCGGGCAUCGCAAGAGGCUGGUUUAUACUUGAGUUCUGAUGAGGAGUUAUAUCAAUGGUUCACUCAGCAAGUGUCGGCCAACUUGCAUGUUGUGUUUACGAUGAGCAAUCCAUAUCUUCCAAAUGCUCCUCGGAUUUUCUCUUCACCAGCACUUUUCAAUCGAUGUGUUUUGAUUUGGAUGGGAAACUGGAGCGCUGGGUCUUUACUAACUGUUGCUAGUGGCUUUCUGGAGAAAUUGCCUCUUGAUAAAUCAGAUUAUGAGCCUCCAAAGAACAGCACUUUUAAGUCAUAUCGUAAUGCUGUCGUCAAUGCGCUUAUUGAUGCUUAUACGAGCAUGAAUCUUCAUCGAAAUAAUAGUCAACUUUCCAUUCAAGCUUCUCCUCUCAAGUUCAUAUCGUUGAUGAAGAAUUUCUCUAAGAUAUUCAUCCAGAAAGAGGGUGAAUUAAUGCAAUAUCAUAGGCAUAUACAGAUUGGUUUGGAUAGACUCAAAGAAACAUUGCUUAGCGUAAAGGAUCUCAAUAGAAGUCUGCAAGCUAAGAAGGAAGAGCUUGAUCAAAAGGAUCAAGAAGCACAGCAAAUGUUAGACAAGAUGCUUACCGAGCAGAAUGAAGCCGAAAGGAAGGAGGAAGCGUCUAUGGAAAUCCGUGCUCUACUAGAGUCUCAAGAUAAGAAGAUCAAGGAAAGAAGAGAAACUGUAUAUCUUGAACUUUCCGAGGUUGAACCAUUGAUUGAAGAAGCUUCAAGAGGUGUCAAGAAUAUCAAAAAGCAGCAUCUUACUGAAAUGAGGUCCAUGAAUAAUCCUCCAGAAGCUAUCAAGCUCACAUUAGAAAGCGUUUGCGUCUUUCUUGGAUUUGAUGUUAGGACGUGGAGGGACGUCCAAAAUGUCAUUAGAAAGGAUGACUUCAUUGCUAGAAUCGUCGAGUACGACACCGAGAGGCAGUUUUCAAAAGAAUUGGGUGGCUACAUGAACAAACAUUAUAUGUCCAAUUCGAUAUACAACUACGAGUCUGUUAACAGAGCCAGUAAGGCCUGUGGACCAUUACUAUUAUGGAUUCAGGCUCAGCUUCGGUAUGCUAUGAUCCUUGAGAAGGUGGAGCCAUUAAGGAAAGAGAUGAAGCAUGUUGAGAAAAGCUCUUUAGAAACGAAAAACAAACUUAUUGCAAUUGAUGGCAUGGUAGCAGAUUUACGCGAGAGUAUUAAGGAUUCGAAGCUUAAAUAUAGUCAAUUGAUUCGAGAUACGGAGAAUAUCAAGACGCUGAUGAGUAAUGUGAAGCUUAAAGUUGCUCAUAGCAUCAGACUUUUGGAAAGUUUAAGCGACGAGAGAACCAGAUGGCAGAGUAGUAUUGUUGAGUUUGAGCAACAGCGCCAAGAUUUGAUUGGAAACGUGAUAUUGGUGGCUUGUUUCAUGACGUUUGCUGGUCCCCACAACGAAAAGGUUCGUCAGAGUUUAUGGACUACGUGGAUGUCGAAAUUGACUAAAUUGAACAUCAACUUUGAUCAAUAUCUGUCCUUUACUCGUAGUAUUGCGAAUGUUGGUGAAGUGCUUAAAUGGGAAAGAAUGGGGCUUCCAAACGAUGAUUUAUUUAUGGAGAAUGUGGCGGGUAUUACUUCAGAGGUGUCCGAUGGUUAUGCUUUUAUUAUCGAUCCUACUGGAUUAAUGAUUGAUUUUUUGGAGAAGUACACAGUGCCGAAGAAGUUGGUGAUUACAAGCUUUUUAGAUAAGGAUUACUUGGGGCAGCUCAAAAAUUGUGUUAGAUUUGGCGGUUCAAUACUCAUUCUUGAUGCUGAAUACUAUGAUCCGGCCAUAAACAGGGUCAUAUCUUACGACACGCAAUUGACAGGAGGACGGGUUUUGGUCCGCAUUGCCGGGGAGAGUGUGGAUAUGUCACCGGACUUUAAAUUAUAUUUGCACACCAAGGAUCCAUCAAUUCAAAUCAUAGCUUUCGUCGCAAGCAGAAUGAAUGUAUUCAAUUUCACUUUUACGGCAACUUCCCUGGUGAAGCAUGGCAUGAACAUGACGUUGAAGAGCGAGAGGCCGGAGUUAAACAAAAAAAGAUUGGACUCGAUCAUGGCGAACAGUGAGCUAAAGCAGAAACUCGAAGGAUUGGAAACAGAUCUAUUAGAGUUGUUGAACAACGCCACUGAAAGCAUUCUUGACGAUGCAGAGUUGACAAAAAAGCUUGAAUUAAUCAAGAAGGAAUCAUCCACGAUCAAGUUUAAGAUAGCAGAGUCUAAGAAUAUCUUCAAUGAGGUUUCGGAAAUUACCGAUUCAUACCAGUCUUUGGCUCGCUUGUACACCUUUUUUUGCUUAAUGGUGGCCGAGCUCUGGAAAUUGAAUUUGGUGUAUCUUUUCUCAGAUAACUAUGUUACCUCCAUAUUACAAGAGGUAUUAGCCAUUCACAAAGGAAAAACAAUUGAUACGAUCACCUUGCAGUUUGUGAAAAGAAUAUAUUCGUGCUUGUCGAUAUCUCUACUACAGGUAGACAGACCAUUAUUAGGAUUGCUGGUAUACAAUUUUUAUCGAAAUUGUUUGUAUAACCCGAACCAUGAAGAAAGAAGGUUUGUAACUGAGGGGGAUGAUGAACUUUGUGGUUUAGCUAAUGACUACAGUCGACUAGUCAGAGAUGAUGCAACAGUCAGAUUACCUGAUGUUGGGGUACAAAGUUUCGAAGAUGCCAUAAAUAAAUCAAGUCUCUUUGUUUUGAGGGCUUUAGAAGGUUUUGCUUCUUUCAAGGUGAUUAGCCAUGGCAAGAGUGUUGGAAAGCAAGUGGUCACUUAUUCCGUAGGAUCCAAUGAUAGUCUUGAAGUGGCGACUAAACUCUUGAAAGAGGCAUGCAAGAAAGAUCAGUGGGUUGUCAUUGAGAAUGUUGAUUUAUCUAAUGAGCUCUUGGAUCUGAUUCCUAAACUUUAUGAUUCGUUGAGAAAGCAUAAGGAUUUCAAAUUGUUUUUGGCAUGUUCUGUCAACGCCAAAUUGACUAACAUUCUUUGCAAAAUGUCUAAGCAAGUAGUAUUUGAGACGGCUCCGGGUGUCAGAUUGAUAUUGGAAGACGGAUUGUUGGCCAAAGAUGGAGCAUUGAGCAUCCUACAAGAUAGUCUUACUCCAGAAUCCAAGAAGAUAUACUUUUUGUUGGCUUGGUUGUAUAGUGUGUUAAAAGAACGCUUACGGUUUGUCCCGAUAGGAUUUGAAAAGAGCUACGAGUUCAACGAAUACGAUUUGGCAUUCUCUAAGGUGUUUAUUGACGAAUCACUGGCUAACUGCGAAAAGAUAUUAGGAACUGCAGUCACCAUAGAUACUAUACCGUUUGAUUGGAUAGCAAGAUUUAUUGGUCGCAUUGUGUUUGGAGGCAAGAUCGACAAGAACAGUGAUCUUCAGUUUGUUACUUCUCUCGCCAACAAAGUUUUGUCGCUGGACUGUUUCGAAGGAAGAUCGAACCUUCUUCUUACAAAUAGCUAUGAUCUUAGAUCACCAAACGAUGACUUCAAAGGCUUUAUUAGCAAAUUACCAGAAGUUGAGCCAGUUGCAUGGGUAGGAUUGCCUGAAAACGCAGAUUUAGUUCUCAAGCAGAAGCAAUGUAAGAGGGUGUUCGAUAAGGCUAAGAUGUUGUUCGAAGAGGUUGUCGGUGUCAUUUAG